GCACUGAUGGGUGGCACUGGUGGGCACAGGUGGGUGGAACUGGUGGGCACAGGUGGGUGGCACUGGUGGGCACAGGUGGGUGGCACUACUGGGCACAGGUGGGUGGCACUGCUGGGCACAGGUGGGUGCAUUGCUGGGCACAGGUGAGCGCACUGCUGGGCACAGGUGGGCGGAACUUGUGUGUGGCACUGCUGGGCACCGAUCAUCAGGGCACUGAUGAUCAGUGAUCCUGAUGAUCGGUGCCGAUCCCCGCUCUGACAACUGCCGGUUUUCGGCAGCACUUUCCUCACGCUCUGACAGCGUGAGGAAAGUGCAGCCGAGAACCGGCAUUUGCAU